UGACAUCUCGUUUGUUAGCCAUUUUACCUAUCUCAAUCUUGUACGAGGCCGUAUAUACCAUCUUUUAUAUUGAUAUCCUGCAUCUCCGAUCCGAUAUCGGGACCUUAUUUUUUGUUCGAACAAAUACCUUGAAUCUAUAUUUGUAUACACUGUGCCUACAACAACGAUGAAGAAGUGUGUGCUCUGCGGAGCAAACGACCUUCGUCGGGUCGGAACUGGUGCGCAUGUGACUGUGCACAAGUUCCCGCAAAAAAAGCAGCACCGGGAAAAGUGGAUGAGGGUCUGUGGCAUGAGCAGGGAGCCAAGACCAAAUGAUGGGGUGUGUGAAAACCACUUCACAAGAGCUGCAUACCAUGCUGAGCACGAUCAACAACAUCUGCGACUGCGUCUGAAGAAUACUGCUGUGCCGGAUCAGAAUAUUCCGUCUACGCCUUGCGUUGCUGUCGCUGCUCGGCCACCCACAGAUGAAACUGAUCAAGAAAUGGACAUCACUCAGGGAGGAAGCGAGCAGCAGCAACCAUCCAUUGCUCCUGGACCGUGCUGCAUCUGCAGAUGCCACCAAUCGACCUCGGCUGCUACAUCAGGUGCAGCAGCUGCAGGUGCUGCUACUUCAGCUUCGGAGCAUCAUCAACCACAGCUGGUCACGUCUACGCCCAGGCAACCUGCUGGGCUACAGCAAGCUGACAUGACUUGGACGCCGGCCAUGGAUACUGCCACGCCCAGCAGUACCACCACGUCACGGCAGGCUCAGUAUUUUCACGUAGAUCUACUCAUGGAAGAGGAAGUCAUGGACGCCACACUUCCUGACGUCAACGAAACGGCUGAUUGUGAUGUCACUCUGGUGGAGCCGGAGGACGUAGCGGACGAGACGGAGGACGUGGAGCAGCAGCCAGAGCAGCAGGCCACCGAUGACAGUCCCAGACAAUGGUCGACGAUGAGCGCCUUCAUCUCCGAGCCAGAACUGAUGACCCUGGUGCGCGAUAUCGUCGUCCAGUGUCGAAAAUGCGGCACGGAAUGUGCACCAUUCGUGAAGAGGAUUUCGCUCUCUUUCAGGAUCUGCUGGGUUUGCCAAAUCUGCGGCUCUGAGGCAAGGUCAUGGUGGUCGACAGAACGGACUGGCCAGGUUCAUUCGUUGGAUACGGUGUGGGCCACAGCCAUCGUUGCAAGUGGAAACCACUACGAUAAGGUCGAGAAGCUUCUGAAGUACGCCAACGUAGGCGGGCUGAGCAAGUCCGCCUUCCAACGCAUCUCGAGAACCGUUCUUCAGCCUGUGGUGCAGGAGGCCUUCAAGGACGUGCUGGAAGCCAACCGUCAAGCGGCCCUGGACUCGUCACCAGACGGACUGGUGUUGUCAGGCGACUGUCAAAACGACAGCCCGGGAUUCAGUGCCGCUUACGGGACUUACACCGUGAUGGAUCACACAACUGGACACAUCCUAGCGCAGGCUACACUCUGCCGCCAGGAGGUGGGACUAAGCAGUCCCAGACUGGAACCGGAGGGCGCCCGGAGGUGUCUGGAGCAGCUUGCUGACCUUCCAGUGAAGGAGUUUGUCUCAGACCAACAUGCUGGGGUGAAGAAGGUAGUCGGGAGAGCUCGCCCGGGCAUACAAUAUUCGUAUGACGUUUGGCAUGCGGCAAAGAACGUCGCAAAGAAAGUUCGCCAGCAAGCCAGCGUCCCGAAAAACCGGGCUUUGCUGCCGUGGGUCCCUCAAGUGAAGAAUCACUUCUGGUGGUGCUGCCAGAUGAGUGAGGGAUCACCGGCAAAGUUUCACAAAUUGUGGGUGAUGAUCAACAAUCAUGUGGUGAAUGUCCAUGCGGUGCCAUCGGGUCUGAACCGAUGCCACCACGAUCCGCUACCUGACACCGAACGCCAUGACCCGCCCUGGCUGGAGCCGGAUUCAUCAGCUCACCGCGCUCUCCGGGAUAUCGUCUCCAGCAGACGCGUCUUGGACCUCGCGGACUACGUCUGCACAUUCCGGCACACUGGGUCACUGGAGGUUUUCCACGCGGCGACGCUAAAGUACACGCCGAAACUGGUGUACUUUGCCCCACCUACGUACACCAUGCGUAAGCAGCUGGCUGUGCUGGACUACUCAGCCAACAAGGACCGUGACUUCGCAAGAGAUGCGACAGGAAAUCCAAAGACUGUGAUGGUGUACAGUCGUGUCAGCGACGCUUUCCACAUCCGGCCGAUCAAGGAGCAGAAGUCCGACCGUCACGUGCGGCCGCUCCUGGAGGCGGCAGUCCGGCGACGGAGAGACGUGCUGAUGACCAGUGGCGUGAUGAGCCCGGGCGACCCUCGGCGGAGGCACCCGUACGUCCACCGAGGACCCCGCGUGGACGAGGAGAAGGGAGCUCUACUGGCCGCAUGGGCUUCCCGGAGUAGGUUCAGCGGAUCUUCCACCAUCGUGGCCGAGGCAACAACAACCGACGCGGCCACCGACGCCGCCAUCGACGCGGCCACCGACGCCGCCAUCGACGCGGCCACCGACGCUGCCAUCGACGCGGCCAUCGCCAUCGACGCGGCCAUCGUCGCCGACGCGGCAACCGAUGCCGACGCGGCAACCGAUGCUGAUGCGGCAAUCGACGCGGCUAUCGACGCGGCAAUCGACGCAGUCACCGACGCAGCUGAGACGGCAGGCGCGGGUCCACGGACGACGAGGACUGCCCGUAAGCGGAGGGGACCUCAGCGCUACAGUCCUUGAGCGAGCCGGUGCGGGUCCCAGCAUAACGACUUGUCUGAUUUGGUGGUUGAUUUAUUGGUUGAUUGAUAGUAUAUUGUUAUGGAUGCCGGAUUGCUAUUGUUAGGUCGUGCGAGUGUUGAUGUUAUUACCAUAGAAUUGGAGUAGACAAUUGUCACUCCAAUUCAGAGUUGGACGGUCGGUUGUUAAAUUGAUCUCGUGAUGGCAGUGCUGUGCUGGAGCCGGACUCGGUACGACGUUGAGUGGUAGUGACAGCACGCUGUGAGUGCGCGGAAGAUAUCGGAUACACUCCGGUGGGGAGAUACCCGACCGGCGUACCGGACCGUGUCCCUCGUUCCGAAGUUGCACUUUCCACCGAGGACUCCGCGUAUGUGACUGGCGCGCGAUAACUCCUGUGACGUCAUCGGCAGUAUUGUCUGGCUUAGUGUGUUGAAAGUUGUGGGAAAUUGCAACGAUAUACAAAACAUCGUUAUA